AUUUCUUCUUCUAAUUAAUUAAUAGUUCACAUCACAUUGGGAUUGGCUUUUCCAUUUUUUUCCUCCAUCAUCGUUAUUCUUCUUCUUCUUCAUCUUCUUCAUCUUCUUCCCUUUCUUCUGAAUUCAGCCAAAACAUGAAUAUAAAUGCUCACAAGGAGGAAAAAGCAUGCUGCUAUUUCCACCCAAAACAAGUAGUUGUUGGUGUGUGCCCCUUGUGCUUGAAUGAGAGGCUCCUCAUACUGGCCGCAAAACAAUACCAUCACCACCGUCAUCAUCACCAUCACAGGCUUCAAAGUUCCACUCAGAGGAAGCCUUCAGCUUCUAUUCACAAGAUCUUUGCUUUUGGUUCUCUCUUCACUCGCCACCAAUUCAAAUCUCACCACUACUAUGAUCAAGAUGAUGCCUCUCCCAGCCCAGAAGAAUCGUUCAUCUCAAUGAAGUUUGAAGAAAAUGGUGUGGCUUCAUGGGAAAAGAGCACUCUCUCUAACAUGUCUAAUAAAGUAUGUGUAGAGGGCAAGGUCCUAGAGAAAGAGGAAAAGGAGAACAAGAGUGUGAUAGAGCAUGGAAAGUCAAAUAACGCGUUUAGAUGGAGAAAGCGUAUGGGCCGUUUGGUCCAUUUCAUCCAAUGGAAGAGGUCCAACAAGGGUGGUGUGGGCCAUGUUGGUAGCAAGGUUGAAGGAGUGAAGGUUAGAAAGGGUUGGAUGAGAUCAUUGACAAAGAGGAAGACCGCGGAAUAAAGGGGUAAAAGGAAAGUGACAUGUACCAACAACACUUGCUUCUCUUUUUUUUCUCUCUCUCUCUCUUUUUGUGGUUACUACUUACUACUACUAAGUGUGGAUGAGAAUUUUUUUACAAUAAUAUAAUACCACUACUAAGAAGAAGUAGGUAGAGUCAAAGAUAGGUUUGUUGAUUGAUCUCUUGAAAAUGUGCUUUAGAUACAUGAAAGUUAAAAAAAGUGAGUAAUUUGCAUGCUUUGAGGA